AUGCAAUCAUCGAUGGUCAAAUGGCUACUAAAUUCCGUUGCAAAGCAAUCUUCGCGAAAUCCGAUUGAAACGAUCGUAUUUUGUCUGAUAAUUGCUUCAUUUACAUAUGCUUCAUUAUUUAGAUCCCUAAUAGAAUCAGAUUUUUUCAAAUUACAAGAAAUCGAUUUUGUUCAAAUUAUUUCCUAUCCUAACACAAAUGAGUUUGUCUUCCUCCCUAAACCUGAUUCUAUUAGUCAGGCUUCGCGAAUUCGAUUAAAUCAACUUUUUGUAAAAACUCAACUGGAUGAACCUGUUAAUUCAAUUCUUCCUCAUCAAUCAACAAUUGUUUCAAAUAACUUAGGAUCUCUUGCCAGACUUCAAAAACUUGUUGAACAAGAAAUCUAUGUUUCUGAUGGGACAAAUAAAUUAUAUUAUAAUGAUGAUUUAUGUUAUAAGUUUCCUGGGGAUUCUUCAUGUUUUUCUUUAACUUCUCCUAUUCUCGAAAUCAAUGCUACAAGUUCUUUUUGUCAUUCCUCUUCUUUCGGUUCUUCCACUGACAUGAAUUGUGAUGAUUCCGCCGUAAUUUUAAAUUACGUUUUAAAUGCUGAUGGUCCCUACUUAGCAUAUACUGAUGCUUGGGUGGAUAAAAUUUCUAAUUUACGUGUUGAUAAAUUUACCUCUACUGGAACAAGAUCUUCUGUUCCCGCUAAAAAAGGUUCUUUUGCUUGGUUUGCUUUUGCUAUUAGUAACCUUUUUUUUAAAGUUCAAGAAUUGAUCCAGCAAGCUGAUACCAUCGAUAUCUUGGUAAUUUUUACUGGUUAUGUAUUGAUGACUUUCACUUUCGCUUCACUUUUCGUCAAUAUGCAAAAAAUUGGUUCGCGUCUCAUUCUUGGUUUUGAGAAACCUUUUGCUUUAACAAAAGCUGUUCUUACAGCAUCUUCUCCUUUAACUCCUCAAAUUGAAGAAAGUAAAUCUGCUACGAUUCCUUUCAAUGUUCGUGAUAAUGUGAUUUCUGGGGUAACUAAAGAAGGUCCAAAAAUAAUUAGGGAUUAUUUUAUCGAAAUUAUUGUAUUAUUUAUCGGUGCUGCUAGUGGUGUUGCUGGUUUACAGGAAUUUUGUUUUUUAGCUGGUUUCAUAUUAUUAUAUGAUUGUAUGUUCUUGUUCACAUUUUAUACUGCCACUUUGACUCUUAAACUUGAGUUGAAACGUAUUCGUAAAGCUGAAAAAACUAUUGAAAAAGAUGAAUUGAAAAGUAGUCCUGCGAAUUUAGGACGAAACAUUUUAAUGACUCUUCAUGAUAAUGAUGGUGUUUCUUCAGCAUUUCAGACCGCAAAGACUGACGUUUAUGAUAAUCCAAUAACAAUACCAAUUCUAGAUGCCAUUCUUUCACAACAUCAGUCGAGUCCUAAAGCUUCCUUACCUUUAAUUGUUGAUGUGGCAUCACCAAUAAUAUUUCGAACUGUUCAAAGUGAUGUAACUGGUAGUCAAGCAACAUUCCUUCAAGCGUUCUAUAAGAUAUUUGAUACCAUCUUGAAUUAUUGGUCUAUUUAUGUUCAAGAUUCGGUACUUACGACAUUGUUCUUUAUUGGAUUGAUUUUCUCCAUCAUUUUGAAUUGUUAUCUUUUGAAUACGCAUAAUCAAACAAAGACUAAUGAGGAAACUUCUGAUGUUGUUACUACUCCACUUACUUUGAAUACGCAUAAUCAAACAAAGACUAAUGAGGAAACUUCUGAUGUUGUUACUACACCAUUUACUUUGAAUACGCAUAAUCAAACAAAGAUUAAUGAGAAAACUUCUGAUGUUGUUACUACGCCACCAACUUUGAAUACUACAUCUCAUAAUAAUGACUCAAAGAUAGAACCUCGACCCCCAAAAGAAAUCUUUGAUACACCUAAACCUUUAGAAUCAAUUGAUCCUACGAUCAUGUCUGAUGAAGAUGUCCUUCUAUCAGUUAUUAAUGGAAAAAUUCCUCAGUAUAAUUUAGAAAAAAUAUUGAAAGAUAAUGUACGAGCUGUAAAAAUACGUAGAGCUUUCAUAUCACAUACAUCAAGCACAAAAACGUUAAAAAAUUCGGCUUUACCUGUGGAAGGUUACGAUUAUUCAAAAGUUAUGGGUGUAUGUUGUGAGAAUGUAAUUGGUUACAUACCAAUCCCUGUUGGAGUUGCAGGGCCCUUAAAAAUUGAUGGUGAAUCGUUUCAUAUUCCAAUGGCAACGACUGAAGGAUGUUUGGUGGCAUCAACUUCAAGAGGGUGUAAGGCAAUUAAUGGUGGUGGUGGUGCCAGAACUGUUGUAACACAAGAUAUGAUGGCUCGUGGACCUUGUGUGGAAUUCCCUAACAUAAUACAAGCUGAAAGAGCUAAAAAUUGGUUAGAAAAUGAUGGAAAUGACAUUAUAAAACAAGCAUUUAAUUCUACAUCUAGAUUUGCUAGAUUGAAGAAAUUAAAAGUUACUGUUGCCGGAAAAUUAUUGUUUAUUAGAUUUUCUACAUCUACAGGGGAUGCGAUGGGAAUGAACAUGAUUUCGAAAGGAUGUGAGAAAUCACUUGAAGUGAUUAAUGAACAUUUUCCUGAUAUGCAAAUAAUAAGUAUCAGUGGAAACUAUUGUACAGAUAAAAAACCCGCUGCCAUUAAUUGGAUUGAAGGACGUGGAAAAUCUGUAGUUGCAGAAGCAAUUAUUCCUGGUGAUAUUGUAAAAAAAGUACUGAAAACCAGUGUUGAAGCACUUGUAAAAUUGAAUAUCUCAAAAAAUUUAGUUGGAAGUGCGAUUGCAGGUAGUAUUGGAGGAUUCAAUGCUCACGCUGCCAAUAUUGUUACAGCAAUGUAUAUUGCAGCCGGACAAGAUCCAGCACAAAAUGUUGAAAGUUCAAAUUGUAUAACGUUAAUGGAAGCUGUCGAUAAUCCGGUGACAAAUACUAAAGAUUUACACAUUACAUGUACAAUGCCAUCAAUCGAAGUAGGGACAAUAGGAGGAGGAACAACUUUAGGACCACAGAGUGCCAUACUAGAAAUGUUGGGUGUAAAGGGACCUCAUCCAACAAUUCCAGGAGAAAAUGCGAAAAAAUUAGCGAGAAUUAUAUGCGCCAGUGUUAUGGCAGGAGAAUUAAGUUUAUGCGCUGCAUUAGCUGCUGGACAUUUAGUUAAAAGUCACAUGAUACAUAACAGAGCUACUGUUAGGCAUGAAAAGCUUCAACAUAAAAUGUGUGUGAUUCAAAAACAUCUACUCCAGGAUCUUGUUUAA